CAAGUAAAGCUCCUAGUUAAGAAAGGAGGCAAAGAUGUCUGCAUUCCUUGUCCAAGAGAUAUUGCUGAUCUUUUGACUGAGGCUACAACAGAUCCAGCUGUAAAGCAGUCCAUAUUAACAAGCCUUUUGGAUAGACAUUCAAGUCAACCCUCGGAUACUCCCGCAACAAUGUCCAGCACCCCAGAUAUUCAUCGUGUUGAUGAAGAAGUGCCAAGUACAUCUUCUAUGGCUAAUGCCCUUCACUUCUGGACUGACAAGGAAGAAGAAUACCUUGUUUGUCUCAGACAUGAGAGAAAUGAUGAUUUCAUUUCUACUAGAAAUCAUUCUACUUCGUGGAAGGAGAUUGUGGCUGAACUCGAAACUAUCAAUUGUAAAGUUACACAACAACAGGCAUUCAACAAAUAUUCUUCUCUGAAGAAAAAGUGGAAAGAAAUCAUUGAUGCGCCGUCUGGUAGUGAAGUGAAGUAUUUUCGACACAAAACAUCGUUUGAUAAUAUGUAUGGAAAUAAGGCUGGCACUAAACCAGGUGUUACAAUAGACACUGACAAAGACCCAAAUGCAUCUUUAAUGAAGGAGAUGGAUCAAAGUUCAACUGAGAAGAAACCGAAAAAAGGUGGAAAAGCUUUGAAAAGAAGGUCUGAGGAGAUGAUUGCGCUGAUGAGGGAACAGCAUGCUGAAAUGAAGCAAGAACUCCGACAUCAACACACUGAGAAAAUGACUAAAUUAGAUAGAAUGCUGGAUCUUUAUCAGAGAGAGGUCGAACAAACAUGUAUGGUAACUAAGAAUGAGUGAAAUGGAGAUUACUGCACUCAAAAAGUUCAAACUGUUGCAUUUAGAGUUCAUGUUUUGUUUUACUUGUUUUUAUUCCUGCAUUACAAACAAGAUUGAACUCUGCAGGUUUAAUGUUACUCUGGAUUUUACUAGUAUAUCAACACUUGUUUCUUGUAGAGUUCACUACAGCAUAUUGACUUGAAAGGCUUAAAUACCUGUA